AUGUUUUUGGAAAUAGUUCUAAAUCACCCUUCUUUUACUUUUCAAGAGCCCAUCACCGGUAAAAUUUGUUUUGAAACGAAUACGGCAUCCUCCCCUCGUUCCUUUCAAAUAACUCUCCGUGUUAAGGGUUAUGCUGUCUAUCAUCACGGUUUUCUCUCCUCUCCUUCGUCUCACAAACACCCUACAGUUGCUAGUUCUCCGUCUGAUAACGACGAAACUACGGAGAUCUUCUCCCAUUCCGUUCCCGUCUCCAUCCCUGCUGGUCCUUCAGCCAAGUCUCAUGCCGUCGACUUUCAAUUUCUCUUUCCUUCAAAGUCCGCGGGCUCCCUUCCAUGCUCAAAAUCUAAUGACUCGAUGGUGAAUAUCCGCUACAUGCUAAAAGCUACUAUCCAAAAACGAUAUGCUUUUCUUAGUUCCUCUCAAAGUAAUGGCUCUUCCACCUUUCGUCGACCUUCUUAUAACCCUCAGCUCCCUUUUGCUCAUCUCGCAGCAAACCAUGCCUCCCAGUAUUCUACUUCCUCUACUUCUUCUUCUUCUUCUACCUCUACUCCUCUUCCACUCUCAACUACCGCUCCUCCUUCGUCCACUGCUGCCCAGCCGCCUUUCCUUUCUAUCGCCCCUACAGCUCCCAUGACAUCUUUUUUCAACGAGCGAUAUGCUACUUCUGUGCCCUCUCCAAGUAGUCCUCCUGCUCACUAUCCUCCCUAUUACUACCAUCCCCAAAAUCCUUCUUCCCUCGUUUCGAAUCCUUCUAUUUCUCCUACUCUAGACCUUGCUGCCCACUCUACCUACUCCUCAUCUCGUCCUUCUGCGUUUCCUCCUGCUACUCCUCCUCCUCAUGUCGGCGCCUCUGUUCCUUAUCCCUACGAGUCUCCUCCUUCUGCGACACCAACCGCUUCUUCUUUUUAUUCAUAUUCUAAUACCCCUCCUAUGUUGAACAAAACUGCUCAACGUUCUUACACUUGUCCCAACACCAGCUAUCCUGUUAGACAUCUUGCUUAUCCUAACGCUCCUCCAACCUUUUUUUCUAACUCCAUGUCUUCUUCUUCUAAAGACCUUCCGCCUGUAUCUCCCUCCUUGCCUCAAUCUCAAAUGUACUCAGCUGUUUCUCCGUCUGAUCCCGUCCCUAUUGCAGGUCAGCCCAAUGCAUUUACUACUCUUGCUCCUGGCGAAAAGCUAAGCAUCCAAUUAGAAGAAGACGAGCUGGUCGGUGAUGCUUCGGAACAUUCUCUUCUACCGGAUCAAGAUCCCAUGCCCGAUAAUUCCGAGGCUGUAUUCCCUCCUCGAAAGAACUCUACUAUUUUCGAGAUGGAUGAGCAUUUUGUACAGGACCAUACUUCUUCUCCAUCUUCUGCGGGCUCUCAAAGAACGUCUGUUCAUUCUUUGUCCCCAGAAGUCUGUCUUGCUUCUGAUUGUACUGUUAGUCCUUCUCCUACUUUAUCCAAAAAGGGAGGAAUUGACUUCUCUUCCGCUGAGGAUACACGGGAGCUAAACAUGGAUUACGCCAAAGAAUUUGAUGUUCUUAUAAACCAGGUUUUGCAAUCACUGUAG